AUGACGGAAGAGAGAAAGGUUUAUGUGGGGAAUCUUGAGGAAGGCACUCGCGAGGAGGAGCUAGAGAAGGUCUUUAAACGAUAUGGUGGCAUCGAAUCCGUCUGGGUCGCUAGGAACCCACCAGGAUUUGCUUUCGUGACGUUUGAGGACGCUCGAGAUGCCGACGAUGCUUGCAGAGGAGAAGAUGGCAAAGACUUUAAUGGGCGCAGGUCUGGUAAGGGUAAAGGCAAGGGUAAGGGCUUUAGCAAUUGGUACCGUGGGGGUAAGGGAGAUUAUGGUGGCGGAUAUGGCGGUUAUGAUGGAGGAUACGGCGGUCGUGAUAGCGGUGGCUAUGGUGGUCGUGAUAGCGGUGGCUAUGGCGGUCGUGAUCGUAGCAGAAGUGACAGUAGAGAUCGCCGUAGACAGAGGACGAGGUCUCGCUCUGGAUCCAGAGAUAGACGUUGA